CCCUAAUUGAUAUUAUUGGAGUGUGGAGCAAGCGGCCGGUCUGCAGUCGGAGACUUGCAGGCAGCAAACACGGUGCGAACGAACAGGAGGGGGAAAAAAUAAAAAAAAGCUAAACGUGGAGCAGCCGGCCGGAGGUCGAGCAGGAGAAUCGAUGCGAAAAGCGCAAUAAAAAAGAACCCACUUCGGAGCAAACAGCAUUUAAAAAGCUACGACUCAACUGAAACCUAAAAUAAAACCUGCUCAUGCACCAUGGUUUUUCAAACUCGGCACCCUUCAUGGAUUAUUUUAUGCUAUAUCUGGCUGCUCCGCUUUGCACACACCGGGGAAGCGCAGGCUGCAAAGGAAGUACUACUGCUGGAUUCUAAAGCACAACAAACAGAGUUGGAAUGGAUUUCUUCUCCACCCAAUGGGUGGGAGGAAAUCAGCGGUUUGGACGAGAACUAUACCCCGAUCCGAACGUACCAGGUGUGCCAGGUCAUGGAGCCCAACCAAAACAACUGGCUGCGGACUAACUGGAUUUCGAAAGGCAAUGCACAAAGGAUUUUUGUAGAAUUGAAAUUUACCCUGAGGGAUUGUAACAGUCUUCCUGGAGUACUGGGAACUUGCAAGGAAACCUUUAAUUUGUACUAUUAUGAAACAGACUACGACACUGGCAGGAAUAUAAGAGAAAACCUCUAUGUAAAAAUAGACACCAUUGCUGCAGAUGAAAGUUUUACCCAGGGUGACCUUGGUGAAAGAAAGAUGAAGCUUAACACUGAGGUGAGAGAGAUUGGACCUUUGUCCAAAAAGGGAUUCUAUCUUGCCUUUCAGGAUGUAGGGGCUUGCAUAGCUUUGGUUUCUGUCAAAGUAUACUACAAGAAGUGCUGGUCCAUUAUUGAGAAUUUAGCUAUCUUUCCAGAUACAGUGACUGGUUCAGAAUUUUCCUCUUUAGUCGAGGUUCGAGGGACAUGUGUCAGCAGUGCAGAGGAAGAGGCGGAAAACUCCCCCAGGAUGCACUGCAGUGCAGAAGGAGAAUGGUUAGUGCCCAUUGGAAAGUGUAUCUGCAAAGCAGGCUACCAGCAGAAAGGGGACACUUGUGAACCCUGUGGCCGUGGGUUCUACAAAUCUUCCUCUCAAGAUCUCCAGUGCUCUCGUUGUCCCACUCACAGUUUUUCUGAUAAAGAAGGCUCCUCCAGAUGUGAAUGUGAGGACGGGUAUUACAGGGCUCCAUCUGAUCCACCGUAUGUGGCCUGCACAAGGCCUCCAUCUGCACCACAGAACCUCAUUUUCAACAUCAACCAAACCACAGUAAGUUUGGAAUGGAGUCCUCCAGCUGACAAUGGGGGAAGAAAUGAUGUGACCUACAGAGUAUUGUGUAAGCGGUGCAGUUGGGAGCAGGGCGAGUGCGUUCCCUGUGGGAGUAACAUUGGCUACAUGCCCCAGCAGACCGGAUUAGAGGAUAACUAUGUCACUGUCAUGGACCUGCUAGCCCACGCUAAUUAUACUUUUGAAGUUGAAGCUGUAAAUGGAGUUUCUGACUUAAGCAGAUCCCAGAGGCUCUUUGCGGCUGUCAGUAUCACCACUGGUCAAGCAGAUGACUCAGAGCAGUUUAGCAACUUGAGCAAGAUGACAAAACUAAUCAGUGGCAGAGCUGGGAUGGAAGCUUUUCUGUGACUUCAAAGCUUGUGAAGUUGGGGGUGGCGUCGUUGGCAAUGCACUGUCUUUCUGUUUACUAUAAUUACCCAUAUAUGCAUAUAAAACGAUAACCAAUCAUAUGUUGUGGUGGUGGUAGUUAAUUUCAAGCAUUUAACCUAGAAUUGUAAGUAGUUUUUCUUCUAACUCUGGGCCAUAAUGGAGUUACAGUUUUUGCAUGCAUGGGCACGUGUGUGUGUGUGUGUGUGUGUGUGUGUGUUCUCACACCAAGUGUCUCACAGUCAAAUGACCUUUUGCACCUUAUCGAAGGAAUAAUGUACAGUUUUCCAAAUGGAUAGAGGGCAGCCGCUAACUAACGGUUCUUGUUUCUUGAACAUGUAAUCCCGGUAAUCUGCUACCAGAAAAUUAUCCCUUGUCUGUUAUUUAAUGAUAGAAUAUUAAUCUAUUUUGCAACCUUUAUCAAAUAUUUUAUUUGGUUUGUAUGGCUAGAUGCUUAAUGAUAAUUCUUUCUUUUGUAUUUGACUAAAAAAUCUCAAAACCAUAAAAACACUGGACUUCUGUUAAAUUCACAAAUUCUUAUUUUAUUUUUAUUUUUUUUAAGUUUUACUUAAAAUCCAAUUAGUCAGUAUACAGUGUAAUGUUAGUUUCACAUUUACAAUAUAGUGUUUCAACACUUCAUACAACACCAGUGAUCAUCACAGCAGUGUCUCUCCCAUUCCUCCACCCACCUCUCCUCUGGUAACCAUCAGUUUGUUCUUAGGAGUCUGUUUCUUAAAGAGAGAGUCAACCAAAAGUUCUUAUUUUAAAAUACUUUGGAAGAAAACUUCUAUUCAAAGUAAAUUCUUCGUAAGUACAAACCAUGUAGAAUAUGCCUUCCACUUUUCAUUGAUAUGUAGCACAAAAUAUGUUACACAAUCGUUUCUGUUUACUAUCCCAAGCAAUUUAGAACAAAAAUAAGUAAUGUGUCUAGAAAUAUGAUGGAGUUUUCCAGAGAAGCUCUUCUUUCCAGAAGAACUUCCAGAGAAGUUUUCCAGAGAAGUAUUCCAGAGAAAUAUUAAGUGAACAUCAGCAGGGUACUGUUUGCAACAUAGACAAUUGGGAUAUAUUUCAUUGUUGUGUUGGUUACCUGCAGUUGCAUAUUUUGUUUUGUUUUGUUUUAUGGUGAUGAUGAAUGAUAUUUGUAUUAACCAGGAAGUAGAAUUGCCUUUAAUGAAUCAUUCGUGUGACUUUCUGCCAGGACUCUAAUCUUAAAAUUCCUGGACAGUGGGGAUCCUGAGGAGCCUGGGGAUCACUGAGCUAAAAUUGUUAUAUAAUGGAAGGUGCGCAUAACCCCUCAUCUCUUCACUUCUCAAGAAACAAAAGUUGCUGAGUCUUGGUAGUAGUUUGUGGAGAGUUUGCUGAUUUAAGGUGAAAGACCUCUACACUGAAUAAGUAAUGUAAAACUAAAAAAAAAAAAAAAAAACAAAAAAAAAAACUAAGGAGAGAGAGAGAGAAGGAGAAGAAGGAGAAGGAGAAGACGAAGAAGAGGAGGAGGGGGAAAGAAAUCCUUUCUAUUCCAGAGGAAAAAUUUCAAUCAGAAUUUUGUAACAAAAACGAACUAUAGUGACAAUAGUCCCUUAAAAUUAAACCUGGCAAGUUGACCCACAGAGUUGAGCAAACAUCUAAUGCUAUUUCUCAUGUAUGGAUUAUUGUUUGAACAGGGUGUUGAAGUGUUAUCAAUGUCAUACCUUUAUUAAAUACUGAAUUUAUUUUUAGAAGAUAUCAGCCAAUAAAAUUUCUGAGACUGCCUUCCACAAAUGAGAAAUAUCUUUGAGAAUAUAUAAAUAUUUUAUUUCACAAUACCUUUCUGUAGUUACCACAUGAGGGAAAUUCCUAGCCAUAGAAUUAGCAAAAUAUGUUGAUCAUAAAUUGCUAGCUACAAAUAUGAAGAUGUUUUUAUAUAAAUAUCAUAUGUGUAUGUAUAUAUAUGUGUGUACAUAGUCUUAUAUAUGACAUGUUUAAAAGUCAUUUUUGUGACUUUACAUUUUAGAUGCUAUAAAUAAAAGACUGUAAGUAUUUUAUUACAUGGAUAGUUACUUAGAAUAAAUAUUUAAAAGGUAACUUUUACCACUGUAAGUAUAUACAUCAUUUCAGACAAAUAAUAAGAAAAUAGGUAUAAAGUAAAAUCCACCAUUAUAAUAACCAUUUAAAUACAAAUUCAGGGAAUUGAAACCAACUUUUUUUUCUUAUUACUAAUUUUUUAAUUGCCAUAGUUAAAAUACAAUGUCGCAUUAGUUUCGUUUUGAUAGGCUUUAUUUUACUAACAAGUGUAUAUAACCAAUGAUUUUACAUGUCCUACUUGAUCUCCAAAGUCCCGUGCAGGCACAUAGAAUAAUAUAUAAGAUGAAAGAACUUGAUUGUGUGUGGAAAAUUUUUUUUAAUAAAAUAAAGCCCCAGAAUACUAUAACCAAUAUUAUUCUAGGUACUUUUAAAAGCUGUUAGUUUAAAAAAAAAGCUGUUAGUUUAAAAACCAUUUGAAUUAAUAGUUUGAAUUCAUUGGUAUCAAAAUUUAUCUAAGUGAUGACUGAAAAUUACCAAAAAUUCAUUGCUGACUUUUGCGGUAUCCUAAUUAACAGAUUGGUAUCCCUAAGUUGUUUCUUAUUUUAAAUCAUUUGGAGAUUUAUGAUUUCUCCCUCGAAGAACUGCAAUAUACAUUGCAAGCAGUAGUAAAAAAAAAUGAAGUGUCAUCUUAAGGUAUAUAAACUACAUUACAAAGUUCUAUGAGAUAUUUUAGCACUGUAAUUUGAGAGAACUAAACUAGAAGUAAAGAAGCAAAGUUGCUUCCUAGAGGAAAAUUUUAGAUAAUUGAGGGUUGUUAUAUUUGUUCAUUAAUCCAGAAUUUAAUGGAUACCUGGAGACUGGGAAAAAUAGUGGGGACAUAUUGGUUAGCAAAACCAAACAUGACCUCCCAACCUUAUAGAACUUACAGUCUAGUGGGGGAAAUAGACAUUCAUCAAAUAAUUUUAUAAACACAUGCCAAUUUCCAGCUCUGAAGUGCUGUCAAGAGGGAUUUCCUAAAUCCAGGAGAACACUUAAUAGGUUGGAUUGUAUCAGAGAGGAGAAGAGAAGUUGGAAAAGAUACACUAAGAGAAACAGUCACAAUGAUGUUUUAACUCAGUGCUAAAGGAGUUUAACACAGCUGAGGAAUAAAAUGGAGUACCAGAUACACAGAGUAAUGGAGAUUGAAUGUGCUGAGACUGGAAAGAUAGAUGGAGGUCAGACAGUAAGUCAUGUUAAGAAUUUUGGUUCUUAUUCUAAGAGUCAUCAAAAGCCUAUUUUUAACAGCUUUCAUUAGAUAUAAUUUGCAUACAAUAAAAUUCACAUAUUUCAAGUGUAUAAUUCAGUGAUUUUUAGUAAAUUUACAGGUUUUGUAACCAUCACCAUAAUUCAGUAUUAAAACAUUUUCUUACCCCAAUGAGAUCCGCCAUGCCCAGUUACAGUCACUCUCCAUUCCUACCCCUACACCUAGCCAAAUACUAAGCUAUUUUGUGUCUAUAUAGGAUCAUAUAGGAUUGUCUUUCUAAAUAUUUUAUAUAAAUAGAUUCAUACAAUGUGGGUCCUAUGCAUCUGGAAUUUUCACUUAGCAUAAUGUUUUGGGUUUUUUUUUUUAAUGUUUAUGUCUGAGAGAGUGUGAGUGGUGGAGGGGCUGGGGCGGGGGUGGGCAGAGGAUUCCAACUGGGCUCUGUGCUGACAGCAGCAGGCCUUAUGUGGGGCUCAAACUCAUAAACCAUGAGAUCAUGACCUGAGCCAAAGUCAACUGACUGAGCCACCCAGGUGCCCCUAUCAUAAGGUUUUUUGAGGUUCAUACUUGGCCCAUCCAUUUUUACAGGUUAAUACUGUCCCCUUGUAAGUAUUCCAUUUUAUGUGUUCAUCAGUUGAUGGAACUUUAGGUGUUUCUUUCUUUUUUUUUUUUCUGC